GGCUCGUUUGCGCGUCGCGCUGGCGGCGGCGGCAUGGGGCUGAGCCGAGUGCGGGCGGUCUUCUUCGACCUGGACAACACGCUCAUCGACACGGCCGGCGCGAGUCGGAAGGGCAUGUUGGAGGCCGGUUCUUUACCACUAGCGUCACCUGGGGAGCCUAAGGAGCCAGGGCAACAGCAACCCACGAAGCGAGGAAGCAGGGAGGCGAUCACCAGGGACCCACCUGACCCUCCCGGCCCGCGAACAAAGUAAUUCUGGUUUUUCAAGCCAGUAAAGGAGGACGGGCUCCCUGUGAAUACAUUUCUAGCCUCACCUGACUUCCUCCAGCCUCACGUACCCUGAGAGGACCCUGGUGCCCACACCCCAGCUCCUACCCUGCCCUGGACCACACUGCCCGGCGCCUCAGGACAGUGGAGGAAGGCGAGGGUCAGUCCGACAGCACGUCGUCUUCCUGUCCUGCACGCGGCCUGCGAUGGGAUGGACAAAGAGGAAGAGAACCACUACGUUUCACAACUUAGAGACGUCUACAGCAGCUGUGACACCACGGGGACAGGCUUCCUGGACCGGGAGGAGCUGACCCAGCUCUGCCUGAAGCUCCGUCUGGAAAAACAGCUGCCUGUCCUUCUGCACACACUUCUUGGAAACAACCAGUUCGCCAGGGUUAACUUCGAGGAAUUUAAGGAUGGUUUUGUGGCUGUGUUGUCAUCACAGGCUGGUCUUGCCUCCUCAGAUGAAGACAGUGGGUCUUUGGAGUCAGCUGCCUCCCAUGCCGUGCCUCCAAAGUACAUGAGCGGCUCUAAGUGGUACGGCCGUCGGAGCCAGCCCGAGCCCUGUGGCGCUGCAGGUGGAGCCCCAGGUUUACCGGAGCAGCCAGUCAGACCCAGUGUGAGGAGCCAGCUCUGCCGCUCCGCGUCCCUGGAAAGCGUGGAGAGUCUCAAGUCUGAUGAAGAAGCCGACAGUGCGAAGGAGCCUCAGAAUGAAUUUUUUGAAGCCCAAGGUAAAGCCUGGCCUUGUGGCCAGCUACCAGCCUGGGGUUCCGCGGCCUUUGGGAGCCCUCGGAAACCCCGCAGCCUCUCCUUCGACACCCUCGAGAGCCGGGUCCGGGGCCUCUGGGAAGAGCUGGGUGUGGGCAGCAGCGGCCACCUCACAGAGCAGGAGCUGGCCCUGGUCUGCCAGACCAUCGGGCUCCAUGGCCUGGCGAAGGAGGAACUUGAAGACCUGUUCAACAAGCUGGACCAAGAUGGGGACGGCAGAGUGAGUCUGGAGGAGUUCCAGCUUGGCCUGUUCAAUCAUGGGUCCCCUCGACCGCUGGAGCUGGCCCCGCUCGUCAAAGUCAGCCGGUCCGGGUCUCAUUACCAGGUCCCGGAGGAGAGUGUCGGCCAGACCACCACGUCAUCCCUCGUGUCUGUGUGCUCAGGUCCCCGCCUCUUCUGCAGCGUGGAUGACGGCAGCGGGUUCGCCUUCCCGGAGCAGAUCAUCUCCUUGUGGGCCCAGGAGGGCGUUCACAAUGGCAGGGAGGUCUUGCAGAGCCUUGACUUCAGUGUGGACGAGAAGGUGAACCUUUUGGAGCUGAACUGGGCCCUGGAGAAUGAGCUCAUGAUGGUGGACGGGGCCACCCAGCAGGCAGCCUUGGCCUGCUACCGCCAGGAGCUGAGCUUCUGCCAGGAGCAGGUGGAGCAGAUGGCCAGGGAGCGAGAUAAGGCGAGACAAGACCUGGAGAAAGCUGAGCAGAGGAACCUGGAGUUUGUGAAGGAGACGGACGACCUCCACUCCGCCCUGGAGCAGCUCGCGGAGGAGAAGGUCAGACGCCUGGAGCAGGGAUACCAGGGGAGGCUGAGCCUCCUGCGGUCCGAGGUGGAGGUGGAACGCGAGCUGUUCUGGGAGCAGGCUCGGCUGCAGAGGGCCAGACUGGAGGAGGACCUGCGGCGCCUGCAGGCGGAGGAGACCGGCCUGCGCGAGAAGCUGACCCUGGCCCUGAAGGAAAAUAGUCGAUUGCAGAAGGAGAUGACUGAAGUCGUGGAGAAGCUCUCAGACUCAGAGAAGCUAGUCCUGAAGCUGCAGAAUGACCUGGAGUUUGUGUUGAAGGACAAGCUGGAGCCACAGAGCACAGAACUCCUGGCCCAGGAGGAGCGAUUCUCAGAGAUCGUGAAGGAAUACGAGCUUAAGUGCCGGGACCUGCAGGACCACAACGACGAGCUGCAGGCCGCCCUGGAAGGCCUGCAGGCACAGACGGCCCCGAGUCGGCACAGCCACCCGCCCCUGGGACACGGCCCGGCAGGCACCAUCAUGUUCGUGGGUGAUUCCGGCCCAGCGAGUAUAGAAACAGAGAUCAUGUUGGAGCAGCUGAAGGAGCGUUACCAAGAACUCAGGAUCCAGCUGGAGACCCAGGUUAGUGACCACAAGAGGGAGACGGAGGUGAUGAAAAGGGCCUUUGCAGAGGAGAGGAGGCAGCUGGAGCGGGGCCACGCGUGGCGGCUGAGCCAGGAGAGGACACGGCUGCAAGAGGCGCUCCAGCAGCUCAGCUUAUCUCUUGGGAGAUGCAAACCAGAGCAAGUUAACACUGGAUACAGAAUCGAGUUGGAAAAGCUUUAUGAAGAAAACACACUUUUGAAAAAUGAGUUGGGGAGGAUCCGACAAGAGCUUGAAGCUUCAGAAAGGACAGAGGCUGCACAGAGGAAGGAAAUUGAGGUUUUAAAGAGAGACAAGGAGAAGGCCUGCUCUGAGAUGGAAGAGCUCUGCACACAGAGUCACAAGUGUAGGGAUGAACUGUCCCAGCUCAACCACAGGGUCCUGCAGGUUGGAGAGGAGGCCUCUACCCACCAGGCCCAAAGCGAGAAGAAUCACAUCACCAUCCAGCUGCUGACAGGCAGACUAGAGGAGGCUGAACUCCGGGAGGAGCUGCAGGGUAACCAAAUCCAAAAACUUGAACUUGAACUUGACCGCGUGACUCAGGAACGUCAGAGCCUGAGACUGGCCCAGUCACAGCUGAGAGAAGCCCCUGAAGAGAGUCGGGACCAGCUGUAUGGAGCCACCCAGAGGCUGUGGCUGGCCCGGUCCCAGCACGCCCAGCGGGUGCGGCAGCUGCAGGAGGAGAUGGCACAGCGCUUGCCCGCAGGCCGCGUGGCCGAGCUGCAGCAGCUGCUGGAAGGGGAACAGCGGGCAGCUUGGCAGCUCCGGGAGGAGGCGCAGGAAGCACAUGAAAAACACCUGAAAGCAAGAGAAGAGCGGGUGGAGGAGGUGGAAAUGAUUUUGAAGAACAUGGAAGUGCUCCUCCAAGAGAAAGUGGGUGAGCUGAAGGAACAGUUUGAAAAGAGCAGACGAUCUGAUCUGCUGCUCAAGGAGCUCUAUGUGGAAAAUGCCCACCUGACAAAAGCGCUUCAAGUCACUGAGGAGAAGCAACGAGGCGCUGAGAAAAAGUCCCGAUUCUUGGAAGGAAAAGUUAGAGCUCUCAGCAAACUCCUCAGCAAGAUUGCUACAGCUUCCCUCGCUGUGUAAACUGCUUUUCUUCCUGGAGUUCAUUUUGAAAGAACGUCUUUUAAAGUAAAACCAAUGUGACACCGUAACUUAUUGUGGCUCGUUGGCUGUACACCCCUGGAUAAACGAGGAUUGUGAUUCUGUUUACUCCACAAGCAUUUAAUGAAGGUCUGUGUGCCAGAUGCCUGGGAAACAGGUUGGAAAAGACUAUACUUUUUUUUUUUCAGUGGUCCUUGGGUAACUUCCAGAGUUAUAUUCCUAGUUUUGCUACUGACAAGAAAAACAGAUUAUGAGGUUCUCAGCAAGGUAAAUGGUAAAUAAAGCAAUUUUAAUCUUGCACUUCUGACCUUGGCUACAGAGAUUAAAAUGCGAAGUCAGGGCUCUGUAGUUUUACCAUUGCACUGUUAGUGCUAUGGGUUUAGUCUCUGGCAUUCUCGAUGGUGGAUCGGUGUAGACACUCCAGAAAUGCUACACUUUCUGUGACUUUCAGCUAGUGAUAAGGGAUAGAGGAAGGAAGUCUUUUUGUCAGGGCCUGUUCCACCACGAGGGAGGUCUAGACAGUGCUGGUGUUUCAGAGCUGUGGACUCAGGGAGGAUGGUAUCCAUUGUGAAUGCAAUCUUUUCCUCACUGAAAUGUCAUCUCACUGGAAAGUGUAUUAUAUGUUUUAAAAAAAAGAAAAAAAGUUUAGUUUUAUAUCCAAGAUAUACAUAAAUUAUGGUCAUUUGUUUUAUCAGAAUAAACUACUGUAAUAUGAAAUCACUGUAUUUGCAAUAAAAUCCUUUUCUAUUAAAACCGA